GGUACAAAUGAUGAAAUGCGUGUCUCACUUUAGAGAAAUAUUGUUGAAACGGUCAAAUGUGUUACACACGUUGCAUUAGCAUGUGAGCACCACCUGUUAUACAAGUCACAUCAAGCCUAUUUGAUAGCUCUAACUCUUAAAUUUAUCUCAAAGGAGUUGGAUUUAGAGUUAAGUUGUAGAGCAGUCUAGAUCUUGCUCCACCUUGCUAGUUUAUUUUAUGAGAGCACUUUAGUUUGCUUGGCUUCUGUUUUUGGUGAAGCUGAAAUUGUUUGGUUGGACUCCAACUCUAGAAGCGGUAGAGUGCCAAACAAGCGCUUUAUUUUAAUUUUAGCUCUUGACUCUACUUGUCGAGCCAAUUUUUUUUUUAAGCUUAGUCAAUUCUAACUAAAGUGGGCAUUUUCGAUGAAAUUCUUUUAACGGAACAUCGGAGAGACUGGUGGCUAUGAGGUGAUGGGUCCACCGUUCUUCGAUAUGCUUAACCUCGUGAGAGACUGGUGGUGGGUCCACCGUACUAAGAAAUGUUUAACCUCAUGAUAUGGCUAUGAGGUGAUGGGUCCACUGUACUUCGCUAUGCUUAACCUCACGAUAUGGCUACGAGACCCAAUAAUUCACUAUAAAAUGACAUCUUGCCCUCUCGUCUUUCCAUUGUCUCCCUGUUAUUUCCCUUCCCACCAAACCACUUCCUAACGCAACAAGAUCGGCGUAGAUGGCAUGCAUCCUGAAACCUAUGGAUCUAAGAGAUAAGGAAGAAACUAGCUACCAGUGGCAGAUCUUCAACGCCAAAGUAAAGCUAGGCGUCAAACACCAGCAUCGGUUAAAUUAGUUGUGGUGGCAUAUCGGCAAGUUGUGUUUCAUCCAUCUCACAGGUUCAUAUGGCAGUCAUUCUGUAUAACUAUUACCACCGGAAGCAGUUCCCACAGCUUGCUUUUGCUGAUGCAAUGAGGUUCUUCAAAUGUGCAUCUCUUACUCUUGGUGACAGUUUGCUCGCGUACUCCAAUAUGGUCCACCAACAUGAGAAGAGUUCUGGAAGUCCUGGGGAGGGUGUGAAUCUCUCUGUGACUGACAAAGCAGUCGUGGAUGCGUGUGGAAUUGCUGAAGCCCUCGACGCAAACCAAGACUCUCCAGACAUGGCCAUGUGGCCAAUUUCAAAGGUCGCUGUGCUUCUUCUUGAUUCAACUAGGAAAAGAUGUCUGCUGGAGAGUGGUUCUGUCGGUAAAAAUGUUCGCUCCCUUUUGGAGAAAGAGAUUGACACAUCUAGCACUAGUGAGCAUGGCAGCAACAAGCCAGAAGGACAAGAUUUAGAAAAUGAAGAGACUGGACCAUAUGUCCUCCAAAAGUUAGCAUUUUCAGAGGUGGAGCGUAGAACAGAGAUUAAGCGGUCAAGCUUGCGUCUUCUUGAUGAGCAUUUAGCAUACUCAUUGACUAAAAAAGGGACAACUACAAAGCUGUUCAUCUUACAGUACGAGCAAACUGCAAAAGGCAACUUCGCGGAAAUGCCUAUUGAAGAAUUGAUCAAGAGGAUGAUUGGUCCUGUAGUUGAAAAACAUCCAUACCCUACAACAACAGUUGUUGCUGAGAGCUAUCACAUACUCCCAUAUAAGGAUAUUCUGUUUGACUGCCUGCACAGGAAAUGGCAUUUUGAUUCUUCGCUGAGCAUGCCAAAGGAAGAAACACGUCGAAAUGGAAAGUCUUCAUCGCAUUCUGAAAUAGAUGAAAAUUCAAAAGAGCAAGAAUAUAAUAUAAAAGGGUCAACUCAAAAGAAAAUUAAACGAGAUAUAAAAGUACUUGGCAGUAGUGACAAGAACUACAGCUGUACCAGUAGAAACAAAAGAAGCAGUAACGUGAACAGCAAAAGAAAAUCUGAAGUCUUCAGGGCCACAGCUGCUGACGGUGCAGAGGGUCUUGACAGUGAGAUACCCAGAGUUAAAAAUGCACUGCCUCCUGUUGUAGAUGUGUCAACUAUGAAGUUCGUGAGCUGUUCAGUUAAUGUAAAAGAAACAGCAGCAGCAAAUGCAGGAUUUGUGGAUAUGGAAGCAGGUGUUAAAAUGAACAGCAACAAAAGAAGAGAGAAUCACUCUCUAGACUUAAAUAUUUCUCAUGAUAUGGCUAUGGAGAAGGCACUUGUAAUAAAGAAUACUGAGUUGGAAUGGAGAAGUGCAGAAGUGUCAAAAAAGUCAGAUUUUCAUCAAGGUGGCGGUGCUAAGGACAACAAGGAUCUGAAGUUUGCUUCCUUCAAGUCAUAUCUGAAAAAACGGGAUGAUCUUCAUCGCAAGCAACGCAUGAUUGAAGAUGAAACUGUUCAAUUUGAUAUGGACAUCCAGUCAGUCUUUGCUGGAGGGGAGUGGACACCAGAAGCGAUGUCACUACUAGAAAAAUAUGGAAUUCUUGUCGAUAGCUUAGAUAUGGUGGAAGUUAAUGGUUCAUCCUAUUCUGGAGAUGGAUAUGAAACCUUAACCAUUGAGAGGAAGAAAUUGACAGUGGAAAGACUCCUCCGCAAUAAAUGCCAGGAGUUGGAUGAGGUCUGCCGUGAGAAUAAUUGGAUUCUUCCGAGAUAUAAAGUUAUGCCAUCACUAACAGAUGGCAUGUACGUGGCCAAUGUAGAUAUUGCAUGCCUGGAGUUCAGCCAAAUGACAUUUGGCGAUCCAAAGACGAACCCUCGUGAUGCACGGGAGUCUGCAGCUGCCAACCUGCUGGCUGAGCUUCUUAAGAAGGCCGAUGCCAACAGGGAGCACACCUGACGCAAGAUUACUGAAGUAAACACCUGAAAAUUGGUAGACGGCAGGUAGCUGCAAAGCUGCAACUCAGCACUGAACUUUCUGAAAGACAUCACCUUCAUUUAGACAUUUUACCUUACAUUGGUUACUCUUGUCAUUCAAACUGUAGCUGUUGCUUUUUUAAUAAUUCUUCGGUCGCAAAUUAUGUGACGCUGCAGGUGCAGUGUGAAUUUUGUAGUCAUUUUAAACAAUAGAUCUUGGUGAACAUGUCUGUUUCUGCCUCA